AUGAAAAUUGUGCCCUCUCAUCUGGUGGUGUGGCUGCUUCAGCUCACAAUGCUGCAAGGUGCUGUUAGCUCCGAAGCAGACUGUGGGCUGCCAGUGAUCUCUCCGCGAAUUGUUGGAGGGGAACCAGCUAAUGAUGGUGAAUGGCCGUGGCAGGUCAGCAUCUAUGAAAAUGGCGUGCAUGUGUGUGGAGGCUCCCUCAUCGCCAGUGAGUGGGUGCUCUCGGCUGCUCAUUGCUUUCAAAAUAAAGGAGAAAAAGAUUUGCUGCUGGGUGCAUAUCAGCUCUCUAACCCCUCACCCAACUUGAAGAUCUCUCAGAUACAAGAGGUUAUCCCCUACCCGGGCUACAACGGCGAUGGCAAUGACUACAAGGGCUCUACGGGGGACAUCGCUUUAGUGAAGCUGGCCUCUCCAGUGAAUUUCACAGACUACAUUCUUCCUGUCUGUUUGCCAGAUGCCUCUACCCAGAUUCCUAGAGAUUCAGAUUGCUGGGUCACUGGUUGGGGACAAAUUAAUGAAAACGAUGGCUUGGGGUCUCCAAAGACUCUUCAAGAACUAAAGGUGCCCCUCAUAGAGAGAGACCCAUGCAAUGAACUCUUUAACAUGAACCCAGAAGAAGACGUGGGCACAGAUCCUAUCAAGCCAGAUAUGAUCUGUGCUGGUUACCCAGAAGGUGGAAAGGAUUCCUGCUUUGGUGACUCUGGCGGCCCCCUAGUUUGCAAACUCAAUGAGAUUUGGAACCUGGCUGGGGUUGUGAGUUGGGGAGACGGCUGUGCCAGGAUCAACCGUACUGGUGUCUACACGUCGGUGAUUUAUUACGCUAAUUGGAUCAAAGCAACAAUGAAUGAUGGACCAACGAACACCCCUACUAUGACAUUUCUCUUGAUCUCUCUUGCAGUAGGCCUCUUGUGAGAUA